AUGUAUGUCCUUCUUCCACAGACCUCCCCUGUUCACAAAGCACGCUACACCCCACAAGCACGCUUGCAUGUCACUUCCGAAGCCCGCACCCGCCGUGCAGCUGUGUAUAUAAACCCAAAAGCCCACGGAGACUCCGGAGCGGGGGCACACAGUCUCCAUGAGUCCUUCACAUAUCCCCCUCCCUCCGAAAAGGCCCGCCCCGGCUCCCGACUCCGCGCCCCAGGUGCCAUGUCCGACACCGCGUCCGACUCCGCGACCGACGCAGUGAGCGAGCACACGCCCGGCAGCGUGCCCUGGCGGCGCGAGAUGCCGCGCAAGGACCGCCACCGCGUGUAUCUGUACGUCAAGAAGCAGCUGGCCAAGGUGUACCCCGACGUCUCCGACGACGUGCUGCAGGACCGCGCGCACCUCGUCGAGGCGUUUGCGUACCGCUUCGCAGAGAGUAGGCUCGAGUACCUCGAGAAGGUCGCGGACGAACUCGGCAGGCGCAAGGUGCAUGCGAUGCAAGAGGGAAAUGCCGGCUCGAGCCGAAGGAGCCAGGCCUGAAGAGAUGCUGGACGGAUGGCGGAUGCCCGUGGUGGAAGAGGCUCGUGAUGCAGCGGGCUCGUAGUUGUUGCUUGCUUCAGCUGGAGUAGGCAUAGAUGUUGAAUAAAACGCAAAUUUCCUAGAAGGGUGGGGUAAUCUUA